AUCUUUCAGUCUUCCCUCGUUCCAAUACUACCAGACCCAGGAUCCCUCGCGACCCUAGCUAUUGGAAGCCCUAGUUGAAGCGGGUGGCGGCGGAGCGAACUCUUCACCCCCAUCCAAAACAAGGAAAUGGUGCCCGGUGUGGUUGAUCGGUGGUUCUGCGUCUAACGCUCUGUGACCGCUGGUCCUGCUGCCGCAUCUCCCCUUCUCCCUCUCCUCCUCCCCUUCCAUGGGUGAGAGACAUGGACUACGAGUUCAAAUCCAAGCUGGCGGCCGAGCGCGAGCGGGUGGAGGAUUUGUUCGAGUACGAGGGUUGCAAAGUCGGGAGAGGCACCUACGGGCACGUCUACAAAGCACGGCGCAAGGACGGAAAAGAUGAGAAGGAGUAUGCGUUGAAGCAGAUUGAAGGUACAGGGAUAUCCAUGUCAGCAUGUAGAGAGAUAGCACUUUUGCGAGAACUGAAGCACCCAAAUGUGAUUGCAUUACAGAAGGUAUUCCUUUCUCACAGUGAUAGAAAGGUGUGGCUGCUGUUUGAUUAUGCUGAACAUGAUUUGUGGCAUAUUAUCAAGUUCCACCGUGCCUCAAAAGCUAACAAAAAACCCAUGCAGUUGCCAAGAUCUAUGGUCAAAUCACUGCUUUAUCAGAUUCUUGAUGGAAUCCAUUAUCUUCAUGCAAACUGGGUGCUUCACAGAGACCUGAAACCAGCAAAUAUUCUGGUAAUGGGAGAAGGACCUGAAAGAGGAAGGGUCAAAAUAGCUGACAUGGGCUUUGCAAGGUUAUUCAAUUCUCCUCUGAAGCCACUGGCAGAUUUGGAUCCAGUUGUGGUAACCUUUUGGUACAGAGCUCCAGAACUGUUACUUGGUGCAAGGCACUAUACAAAGGCCAUUGAUAUAUGGGCUAUUGGCUGCAUAUUUGCAGAGCUAUUAACUUCCGAACCUAUCUUUCACUGUCGUCAGGAAGACAUCAAAACAAGCAAUCCUUUUCACCAUGAUCAGCUUGAUCGCAUAUUUAGUGUGAUGGGAUUUCCUGCAGAUAAAGACUGGGAAGACAUAAGGAAAAUGCCAGAAUAUCCUACACUUCAAAAAGACUUUAGGAGAACAACGUAUGCCAAUAGUAGCCUCAUAAAAUAUAUGGAAAAACACAAAGUAAAGCCUGACAGCAAAGUAUUCCUUUUGCUUCAAAAACUUCUCACUAUGGAUCCUACAAAAAGAAUUACCUCAGAGCAAGCUUUGCAGGAUCCCUAUUUCCAGGAAGAUCCACUUCCUACAUCAGAUGUGUUUGCUGGCUGCCAGAUUCCUUAUCCAAAACGAGAAUUUCUUAAUGAGGAUGAACCUGAGGAAAAGGGUGAUAAGAAUCAGCAGCAGAACCAACAUCAGCAGCAAACAGCACCUCAACAACAGCAAGCAGCACCUCAACAGCAACAAAACAGUACCCAGACAAAUGGAACUGCAGGGGGAGGUGGAGCAGGAGGUGGUGGCCCUGGGGCAGGUCUCCAGCAUAGCCAGGACUCCAGCCUCAACCAGGUGCCUCCAAAUAAGAAACCACGUAUAGGGCCUUCAGGCACUAAUUCAGGCGGGCCUGUCAUGCCUUCAGAUUAUCAGCACUCCAGUUCACGCCUGAAUUACCAAAGCAACAUUCAGGGAUCUUCUCAGUCCCAGAGUACAAUGGGCUAUUCUACAUCAUCUCAGCAAAGUUCUCAGUACCAUCAAUCUCACCAGUCUCACCGGUACUGAAGAGGCCUCACAGAGACAUCGUUAGAAAGAAAUGGACUAACAGUCAAAGGACUCCAGCAAUAUGAAGUUCAUAAAUAGUGAGAAGAACCAAAAAUGCAAACUGUGAUACAGAUUUUAAAAUUGCAAUUAUAAAAGGAAAACUUUUAUUUACUAAUUGUUUUCAGACAAGAGACAAUUCUUAUCCUUUUUUGCCAUAAAGGAGAUUCUUGUGAAGUUUCCCCUCAGCUUGCUUUCGCAUGCGUUCCAUUGUGGUUAUUCGAAUGAAACCGUCUGAACCCAGCACUUAAUCAUCUUUAUCCUAUGGAAUUUUUGAAGGAUUCCUGCACCUUUCUUGUGUUUUCGUAAUUGUCAUAAAUCUAUCUUUCUUUUUUUUCAAAUCCCUUUACUAGGGUUUUAAAGUUUUUGAAAUCUUGAAUUCCCAGGCUUUUCAAGCUUGUAUAUAGUUAGUUUUUUACUAGGCAAACCCGUUUUAGCUGUACUGGUAUAAUGCACCUUUUAAAAGCACUACGUUGUUUUCACAGGAUAUUACUGUUUUGAUCAUGGAUGUCAAGAACAGCAAAUUUUACUGUUCCAGAGUAUUUUAUUAUUCUCUUUUUUUAUUAGUCUAGUUUUCAAAUGAGGUCUUUAAAAAAAAAAAGAAAAGAAAAA